AUCAGGGAGUUGGGGGUGGAAAGUGAAUUUAAUGAGCAGAAUAACCCCCUCCCGGCUUUCACACCCUGAGGCUUUGUGCCUUGCUGGGCAGGACGGGGGCAUGAGAGGGUCCUUAACAGUACCCACAUAUCACUGUUCUUCGCAGGUCUUAGCCAUGAACUCCCCUGGAGGAAGGAGGCAGGAAACCACAGGACCCAGGGCUAGAAGGGCUCACAGACCCCGGGAACAGGACCGAGAUGUGCAACUGUCCAAGGCUCUGUCCUAUGCCCUGCGGCACGGGGCCCUGAAGCUGGGGCUUCCCAUGAGGGCUGAUGGCUUCGUGCCCCUGGGUGCCCUCCUGCAGCUGCCCCAGUUCCGCAGCUUCUCGGCCGAAGACGUGCAGCGCGUGGUGGACACCAACGGGAAGCAGCGGUUUGCCCUGCAGCCGGGCGACCCCGGCACUGGCCCUCUCAUCCGGGCCAAUCAGGGUCACUCCCUGCAGGUACCUGAGUUGGAGCUGAUGCCCCUGGAGACCCCACAGGCCCUUCCCCUGAGGCUCGUCCAUGGCACAUUCUGGCAGCACUGGCCAUCCAUCCUGCUCAAGGGCCUGUCAAGCCGGGGAAGGACACAUAUCCACCUGGCCCCAGGACUGCCUGGGGACCCUGGUGUCAUCAGUGGCAUGCGGCCAAAUUGCGAAGUGGCCGUGUUCAUCGACGGGCCCCGGGCCCUGGCAGAUGGCAUCCCCUUCUUCCGCUCUGCCAACGGAGUGAUCCUGACUCCAGGGAAUGCUGAUGGCUUCCUGCUUCCCAAGUACUUCAAGGAGGCCCUGCAGCUGCUCCCUACCCGAAAGGCUCUCUCCUUGGUUGGUAAUGAAGAGACAGAGUGUCAGAGUGGCCCCAAGCACAGCUCCAGAGGAAGAAGGAUGAUCCAACAAUAAAAUAUUUAUUUAAAAAAAAUGUAAAAAGAUAACAAAAAAGAA